UAACCGGCGUGUCGUAUAUUUCCUAUAAAUGCCUCUCAAAACCCCUUUUGUCUUCUCUGAGUUCUCUCCUCCGCCGUUAUGAGCCUUUUUCUGGAUUCUUUGCAUCUGCACAGUGGCUCCAGAAGUCAGAAGGCUUUGGGAUCCUAGAUCUUGAAACCCUUCGUUCUGUAGGCACUACUUUGCGUGCCCUCACACCUAUCACGUCAGAUGGGCAAAUGGAAUCGAAGAUAUUUCCCCAGAAGGAACUACGACUACCAAUACCAAGAUUUUCAUCCUACUGACUUCGACGAUAAGUUUGAUUCCGCUUUUCAGGAGAAUAGCGUGCCCUCAUGGGAGAUAGAUUUCUGCAAGUCCGUGGGGAUUCCUUGGAACAAGGUUAUCUAUACGAAGAAGUACAUUUCCUGCCAUGAUAGUGUGGUUAAGUGGGACGAUUCUGCAAGUCAAGAAGCCUUUCAUGAUGCCAAAACUAGAUAUUGGGCUAAGACUAAUGGCGUUACCUGUGAUAGUCCUUUGCCUGAUCCCUGUAAGUACGUUGAUGAUGUUGAUUGGAAUGCAACGGUUGACCCCGAAAUGAUAUUGGAUUUAGAUCGAGAUUUUUUCAACCCUGACGAAGCAAAUGCCAACAACUCAGAGGAUGUUUCCGGAUGCACAGGACCACAAGAUAAUAAAAAUCUUCAUAACGGUGAGAAUGCUUGGGAGGUUGGCCAUAGACAGGGGAAUGGAACUCCGGAAGCAGGACAGGGUUCGGGCGAGUGGAAUGAAUCAAAAAUUUCGAAAAACGUUGGCGAUCCGUGGGAGGAGAGUUGCGCAAAAACCGGAGGGUCUUUCAAGGGCACUGGAUGGAGAGUUGGUGGAAACGACUCUUCAUGGGGUUGGAACCCCGGGCAAAAUGCCCCAAGUGGCCUCGAUAGGACUUGGAACAAUUCUUGGAAUCAUGAUAGCAGGAAUGCUGGGUGCGCAACGCAAAACAAAAAUGGUUCAUGGAGUCAAAACGCGUGGAAUGAUAGGGACCACCCUGGGCAUGGUUCUUGGAAUCACGACGGUGGGAAUGUUGGGUGCACAAGGCAAAACGAUUGGGGCAAUAACAAAAAUGGCUCCUGGAGUCAAAAUGCAUGGAACGAUAAGGACCACAACGGUUUCCAGACUCGAAAUUCUUGGAUUGACAGGGAUCACAAGCCGUGGAAUUCCGGUUACCAUUGUGAUCCUAGGGGAAACAAUGCACUUCGAGGCGGUGGAGCUACAAACAGUUGGAAGAACUCCGGCUUUCAGAAUAAUCAGCCCUCGUAUUUUGAGCCAGAAAGAUAUAACACCGGCAGGGAGUCUUUCUAUGGCGGUUCCAGGAAGCGGGAAGGCUCUUCAUACCAUACUUCAACAUUCAAAAGUUCGAGGUUUCAAGGAGGCGAACAGGGAGCAAAUUACACCUGGAGGAAAGUUAAGAACUCAGAAGACUAUAAAUGAUGCAAAACAACUUCAUGUAUAAAAGAAGAAAUCUUGCCUGGGAGAAUGACACACCCACCCUUUAUAUGUCUUAUUGCCAAUAUAUACUUAAUGGACUUUGAGCCAUUUGUUUUGACUGUUAGGAUAAAGUUUAUAUCAUCAGUAACUUGCAUUCUUUUUGUCAAUGGGAGUUUUUUUGAGGUCACCUGUUAUGUCAGGGACUAGUGUAUAAAUGUAUUCUUAGUGUCCUGUCCUGUAUUCAGUUGCUUAUUUUGGAAACAAAGCCAACUGGUCAGUUGCUUCCUGUCCUAA